AUGGCAUCGCGCCAGGCUCUUGCUCGACCGGCAUUGCUCAUCGUCCGUGCUAUACAAUGGGUGAGCACGGUUAUCGUACUGGGAAUUACUUCCUACUUCAUCCACAGGGGCCCUCGUGGCGGGCAUAUAAUCUACCAGGAAGUCAUUGCUGCCCUUUCGAUCGUCUUCUUCCUACCGGCCUUCAUCUCGCCCUUCAUGCCUAACAUGCUCAGCCGAUUCGUUUUCCUCAUAGACGUGAUCUUCUCCUACCUCUGGCUGACUUCCUUCAUCUUCGCUGCCCAAGACUACAACAAAAACAACUGUUUCCUCAAUUCACCCCCUUUCGUUAGUUGCGGACGCAAGAGAGCCAAUGAAGCAUUCAUCUUCCUCGCCUUUAUUUUCACAUUCUUCGGCCUUCUCCUCGAGCUUUGGUCCCUGUGGUCCUACCGUCGCGAGAACACCAACCCAAUUGCGGAGAAGCAUGCCCAUGGCGCUGCCACUGCUCCUCAUAACGGCCACGACGGCCCUACCACCGCCGUCCCUUAA